GAGUUCCCAGACUGCACAUUUGGGUUGCUCCCGCGUUUUUCCCGAUGCUCUCAGAGGUUCCUCUGGUGGGGUGAAGCGGCUUCGAGCAGGAUCGUGCCCUGAGCCCAUCGUGGCUUUGGGUGCUGCCGCUCAGGGACGCUCCUGGUCCUGGGAGCAUCACCUGGAGAGGGUGGGAGCAGGGGUGGAGGAGGAUCUCCAGCCCAGGAAACACCCAGGAACUCUCUGGUUUUCCAAGGAUUCCCCCUCCCUGUACUCUCCUCUCCCUCCAAACACUCCCAGCACUCCCAUGGGGCCUGGCACCAUUUUCCCAACCCUAAAAUGGGAAUUUUGUGGCUGGGGGGGAUCGGUUUGGACAAAGCUGUGCUGGGAAACUGCAGCCUCCCUGCCCUGGGGCUCCCUCCUCUCCACCCGUGUCCUUCCAGGACUCAAACCAAAGCCUUUCCUGAGAUGAACCUGGAGUUUGGGGACACGGGGAUGUCCCGGUCUCCUGAGGGAGAUGAUGGUCCCUCAGCCCUCCUGGCUGUCCUUAGUGUCCUUUCUCGGGUGGCCCUGGCUCCAGAGGGGACAGACAUCCCGGUGUCGCUGCCUGUCCAGUGCACGGAGGAUGUGGGGACAGGGGACGGACAAAGGUCACCUGAGAGCCGCCAAAACCACCCAGGAGCUCCGACAUCCUCCACACCCCACCUGGAGGGCUCUGCUUGUCCCAUGGGACAGCCCCGGGCCACCAAGAGGCUCCCCCCGAGCCCGGGGCACGGCGCAGGAGCCGCAGCUGAGGGGGAGAAGGGGGAAGCGCCCGCCCGGAGGAGAACCUGGAUCCUCCCGGUCCCCUGGGAAGGAGGGACAGCUCCCUGCAGCCCUGGAGAGCUGGAGACGCUAAAUCCAGGGGCUGGGGAUGCCUUCCCGAAUCUUCUGGAUCUCUACGAAGCCCCGGAAGCGCUUGAGAGGGAAGAGGCUCCCGGGGAUGUGGCUCUGGUGGAGAUCCGAGGGCCUGUGAAGACCUGCUGGAGUCCGGGCUGGGUGCUGGAGGAGGGGACGCUCGGGGCCGGCCUCAGCGCCGAGGCUGCCCCGGCCUGUGAGCUGUGCCAGGAGAUUCUCCCCUCGGAGGCAGCGGGACACGCCGAGUAUCUGAACCACCUUCUGCUCCACCUGGAGUAGGGCUCGUCUUCCCGACGGAGAUCCAUGGAUUUGCACCCUGAGCCACGGGGCAGACUCUGGGAACUUCCCAUUUCCACGGACAGACUCUGUCAGACUCUGGGCAUUUCCCAUUUCCAUGGACAA